UUAAUUAAAAAAAUAGAUAAAUCAAAAUGCCUCCUGCAUUGUGCUUUGGGGACUGAAAAUGUGGCAGCUCCAAAACCAAAGCUGAAAAUACUAUUUCACUCAUAUUCACUUUACUACCUCAAAAACCAAAACACAUGCUCUUCCUCCCACAUCAACACCAUAUUUUCUUUGUUUCUAUUCUUCAACUCUCUGUUAUGAACAAACAAGUUUGAAGAAUAAUUAAGAUGAUAACGUUAAAAGAUUUCUACCAUGUAAUGACAGCAAUGGUUCCACUUUACGUUGCUAUGAUGUUAGCAUACGGUUCAGUUAAAUGGUGGAAAAUAUUCUCUCCAAACCAAUGCUCCGGUAUCAACCGUUUCGUCGCUCUUUUCGCAGUUCCGUUACUUUCUUUCCAUUUCAUAGCCUCCAACAAUCCUUACAAAAUGAACCUACGCUUCCUCGCCGCAGACACACUUCAAAAGAUCAUCGUCUUACUCGUUCUCACUGUUUGGUCCAACGUUUCCAAAAAGGGUUGUUUAGAAUGGACAAUAACACUCUUCUCCAUUUCAACACUCCCAAACACUUUGGUCAUGGGAAUCCCUCUUCUCAAAGGAAUGUACGGUGAAUUCUCAGGAAGCUUGAUGGUGCAAAUUGUUGUUCUUCAGUGUAUCAUUUGGUACACGGUAAUGCUUUUCAUGUUUGAAUUCAGAGGAGCAAGAAUGCUUAUCUCUGAACAAUUUCCAGACACUGCUGGUACCAUUGUUUCUAUUCAUGUUGAUUCUGAUGUCAUGUCACUUGAUGGAAGACAGUGUUUGGAAACAGAAGCUGAAAUUAAAGAAGAUGGUAAGCUUCAUGUUACAGUGAGAAAAUCAAAUGCUUCAAGAUCGGAUAUCAUGUCGAGAAGGUCUCAGGGGAUUUCAUCUACAACACCUCGACCUUCAAAUCUGACGAAUGCAGAGAUAUACUCUUUGCAAUCAUCAAGGAACCAAACUCCAAGAGGUUCAAGUUUCAACCAUGCAGAUUUGUUUUCGAUGAAUGGUCGUAAUUCGAACUUUGGUGGUUCUUCUGAAUUGAAUGGACCAACAUCGACGGGGCAUAACGUUGUUGGUGGUGGUAAGAGUAAGAAUAAUACUAGUAGUCAAGUAGGGCAGAAAACAGAGGAUGUUCAUAUGUAUGUUUGGAGUUCACCAGUUUCUGAUGUGUUCGGUGAUCACAAACAAGUUAAAUUGAAUGUCUCUCCAAGAAAAGUGGAUGGUGGAGAGAGAGGGGAAAUGAAUGAGGAAGGUGUGAAGGGGAACAAAAAAACGAUGCCAGCAGCUAGUGUGAUGACGAGGUUGAUAUUGAUAAUGGUGUGGAGAAAACUUAUGAGAAACCCAAACACAUAUUCAAGCAUAAUUGGCCUAACUUGGUCACUUAUUUCAUUCAGGUGGAAUAUUGAAAUGCCUGCUAUCAUAGCAAAGUCUAUUUCUAUAUUGUCAGAUGCGGGGCUUGGCAUGGCCAUGUUCAGUCUUGGUCUGUUCAUGGCUUUGCAACCGAGGAUGAUAGCAUGUGGAAAUUCAGUAGCAACUUUUUCAAUGGCCGUUAGAUUCCUUACGGGUCCAGCUGUGAUGGCGGCUGCUUCCAUUCUUGUUGGCCUCCGAGGAACCCUCUUGCACGUUGCCAUUGUUCAAGCAGCUCUUCCACAAGGAAUUGUCCCAUUUGUCUUUGCAAAGGAAUACAAUGUACAUCCUGAUAUUCUCAGUACAGGGGUAAUUUUUGGGAUGUUGAUUGCAUUGCCCAUAACGCUCUUUUAUUACAUCUUGUUGGGGAUAUGAAUGAAUAUCAAAGACACUGCUGAAGAUUACAUGUGGCAUUCAUGCAAAUUUCGUUUGAGCCUUCUAGCAAUAGCCAAAGAAAGGAAAAUACUAUAUGUUGGAUGAAAUAGAAAAGCAAUCAACCCAUUAGUUUUUGUAUGUUAAAUGAUUGUCCUUGCUGCUAGCUAGUGGUACCAAUUUAUAAAAUGGGCUAUCUUCUUAGAUUUCAAAUUUAAACGUCCUCGUAUUCCAUACCUCUCUCAUUAAUUGGAACCAUUAUCAUUUUAACGUACCCCACACUCUAUUUUGAGUUUUUCUUUUGCUCAAUUUUUACAUGUAGCACAUCUUAUGAUAAAUUUAAGAUUGUUCGCCCACUUAUCAGCAAAUUUGGGCAAGUAUA